GCGCGUUAAUAUGAACUACGGGGACUCUGCGCACCUGAGCGCGCUGGAAACGUCUCUUCUCCGGGAGCGCAGGGGGUGAUGCGCCCUGCGGGACUCGGGUCGGGUCUGUUAACGGAGAGGAUGGCGGAGCUGUGGAACCACAACACCACAUCCUCCUGGAACCGUUCCGCUGCGGGACAGAACCGGUUCAGCAGCUUGGAUGACAUUGAUGUGCCGGCGGAUGGUUCCCCGACCCUGCGCAUCCUCAUCUCCAUCGUGUACUCGGUUGUUUGCGCCGCCGGACUGGUCGGAAACCUGCUCGUGUUCUUCUUGAUGAAAGUGCGCCGGGGCAGGAAGAAACGCUCCAGCAUCAACCUGUUCAUCCUCAACCUGGCCGUGACGGACUUCCAGUUCGUGCUCACCCUGCCGUUCUGGGCGGUGGACACGGCUCUGGACUUCAGCUGGCCGUUUGGAAACGCCAUGUGUAAGAUCAUCCUCUCCGUGACGGUGAUGAACAUGUACGCCAGCGUGUUUUUCCUCACCGCUAUGAGCGUCACCCGGUACUGGUCGGUGGCUUCGGCGCUGAAGGACCGGACACGGCGGCGGGUGUGCCCAGUGCGCUGGGUGAUCGCCGGGCUCUGGGUCUCGGCCACAGUGGCCUCUUUGCCCACUGCGAUCUUCUCCACAGUGAAGAGCGUAGCCGGAGAAAGACUGUGUCUUCUGGGUUUCCCGGACGGCCAGUCGUGGCUGGCGCUGUACCACCUCCAGAAGAUCCUGGUGGCCUUCGUGUUCCCCAUGCUGAUCGUCACCGUGUGCUACCUGCUACUGCUGCGCUUCGUCCGCCUGCGCAGCAUGAACAACAACCAGGUGAAGCGGAGGUCCCGGGUGACCCGCUCGGUUACCAUCGUUGUCCUCUCUUUCUUCAUCUGUUGGAUGCCCAAUCACGCCAUCACCUUCUGGGGCGUCCUGGUCAAAUUCAACGUGGUCAACUGGGAUAAGACGUACUACAUGGUGCACACGUACGUCCACCCGGUGACCGUGUGCUUGGCGCACACUAACAGCUGCCUGAACCCGGUGCUGUACUGCCUGAUGCGCCGGGAGUUCAGGAAGAAGAUGAAGGAUCUGUUCUGGAGGAUUUCCUCGCCCACCGGGACCAACACCUGCCACCUGCGUCCGUUCUCCGGGACGGUGAGAGCGGAGCCGGACGACACGCAGAUCGUCAUCCCGCUGAACAACGUGGAGACGGAGAACUGCAGACUGUCCGUGCUAACGGACCAGUGCGACACGUACGCGCUGCAGAGGUAAAGAAAAGAUCACAGAAAGUCUUAAAUCCCGCUGACUUCAACCUCUGACUGAUGACUGAAAGAUAUUUAACUUAUUAGCCACAAACUGAUGAACAGUGACUCCAACUUCCGCGUGUGACGGUAAACUUGUUUAUCCUGCACGUGUCGCUGGAGUUUUGUCUCGAACACUGUGCCAAAUCCAACUCGACGCUGCUCAUGUAAAAACCAUAAAGCACUGGACAAAUCAUCACAGCUGUAGGUGGCAUAUUAGAUGUUUUUGACUUAGCGUCAAAUGGAUUUUAUAUAUUUUUAUCACAGUGUGAAGGUGUGAAACAUAAAAGAAGAAAAAUAAAACGUGUGCGUAAAUUGCGCAUCUAGACACGUUGCGUAAAACCAUCCGGCUGCGUUUGUGCUUCACCUGAGUGCGCAGAGUCCCACUGGGAUCUCACAGUAUGCUGAUGCCUUUUGGUUCUGGAAAGCCUGACUCUUUGUGCUUUUCCUGACUACGAACGGAGGUCAGGCUCAGUGUCUCAUCCAAUGCUGCUUCGCUCUCUGAAGAGCUCAUUGUGCAAACUACAUGUUCCGAGCACAGGAAUCACAGUCCGGUAAUCGUCCUGCAGGAAGGAUUCAGCCUGCAGCUGCUGCUUCAA